AUGUCACAAGAUGUUGCAGGAGGUGUCUUUGAGCCAUUCUGGCUUGAUUUUCCUCUUUGUGAUAUCCACCUGGCAAUAACAUCAGACGUUCUCCAUCAAUUAUAUCAAGGAGUAUUCAAACAUAUUGUGGAGUGGUGUCAAGAACUUAUGGAUGAAGAAGAAUUGGACCGACGUAUAAAAGCACUCCCCCCCUGUUAUGGUGUACGACACUUUCAUAAUGGUUGGUCUGGUAUGGGUCAAAUAGGAGGCAAGGAGAGAAAACAUAUGGCUAGAGUGCUAUUAGGUUGUCUUAUUGGCAAGGUUCCAAGAGGAGUUAUCCAGGCAUAUCGUUCCCUCCUGGAUUUCAUAUAUCUGGCUCAAUAUCCAACUCAUGACGACACCACUCUCCAAUAUAUGCAAAAGGCUCUAGAGGACUUCCACCAACACAAGGAGGUUAUUAUCAAUCUUGGAGUCAGAGACGACAUAGACAUCCCAAAAUUCCACUCUCUGCAACAUUAUUUGGAGAACAUCAAAAACUUUGGCACCACCGACAACUAUAAUACGGAGAUGUUUGAGAGGUUUCAUAUAGACUUCUGCAAGGAAGCUUGGUAUGCGUCAAAUGGCAGAAAUGAGAAGCCUCAGAUGAUAGCAUGGCUAACUAGAAGGGAAAAGGUUUCCUCCUUUCAGAGUUAUCUGAAAAUGUCUAUGGAGGAUGAGGAGGAGGAGUUUGCGCACUCUAGAUUUGGGGAUCAAAGACUCCUUUUAACCAAGAGACCUCAUCAAGCUAGGCGACACAUUCUGGAUGUCAUUCAAGAUCAUAACUGUCAAGGCUUCAAGAAAGAUCUUAUUUCGUAUCUCAAUUCACAGCUUUCUGAUCCACACUCAAGAGGACGACUACGACACAUGGAUCUACCUUUUAGCCAUAUAGACAUUUAUCAUGGGUUCAAGUUUUGUCUUGACUCCUUAGGAAACGACAAUGAUUUUGAUCAGGAGGAGACAGAUACAGUCAAAGCCAAACCCUCUUUAGGAGGUAAACCUGCACGCUUUGACACUGUGGUUGUGAUGGAUACUUCAGAUUGUGAAACCACUGGUCUUAAAGGUAAGUUUCAAGUUAUUAAAUAUUCUAUGCCAGUGAGUAAUUUAACCCUACCUAUAGGUACAAGAAUUGGUCGCUUGAAGGUCAUUUUCAAAUUACCUUCACAAGUAUAUGGCUCCGUUACUCCUGCUUGGACUAAGGAUCCACUGGCUUAUGUUGAGUGGUAUGCACCUUUAAAGCCUGCUGCUGAAGAUUAUCAUGAAAUGUAUCUUGUCAAAAAAUGUCUAUCUAACGCAGAUGGCUUUACCCCAGGCCAAGUUAUAUCUCUAUCUUCUAUUAGACAGACAUGCCAACUCAUACCAAACUUUGGACGUACAGCUUUACCAAUUGAAUGGACCUCAGAUAGUGUUUUAGAUAGAUGUGAUACCUUUUUUCUUAAUUGUUUUACUUCCAAAUACGCAUAUCAAACUUUAUGGUAA